AAGACUGUGGCGGUGCAAAGCCAACAAGAAGGAAAGCGAGAGGGACGCAAGCAGGACACCUCGGCAGAAAUGGCCAGCAAACUGAUGGACCUGGUCUACUGGAGGAGCACCAGUAUGACCGGUGUGGUGUUCACAGGCUUAGUGGUGUGUCUGGCCAGUCUGUUCCAGCUCAGUGCCAUCACCGUGCUCUCUCACAUCUGUCUGGGUAUUAUGUGUGUCACCUUCCCCCUCCGUCUCUACUACAAGCUGCUGGAGCUGCUGCGAUGCAACCCCGGCCUGCACCCCUUCCAGGCGUACCUGGACUACGACAGCUCUCUGACAGACAAGGAGACUGUAAUGUUUGUGGAGGAGGUGGUGCUGCUGAUUGCUUUUGCCAUCACGGAGCUCAAACGUCUUCUUUUUAUUGAAAACGUGAUUGACUCACUCAAGUUUGUUUUACUGCUGUACCUGCUGACGUACGUUGGUGUCUUCACCACUGGACUGACUCUGAUCAUAACUGCGGUGAUUGUUCUGUUUUCCUUUCCUCUGCUCUACAAAAAACAGCAGGUGAGGAUAAGAAGGAUCGUACGAACUUACAAAGCUCUUGAGAAGAAAAUCAGAAACUGGUGUCUGGGUGUGUACGAGACAGUGAGAUCCUCUCGUCCAUCAGCCGCUGCCUCAAAAGCUCCAGAAGUACCUGCCUCCAAACAGAAAGUGAAGGCAAAGUAAAGCGAGUAUCCAGAACACACAUGUACACACAAUGACGACAGUGGUGGUGCAUCUUCUAUGGGGCUGCUCACUUCCAUUAGUCCACCAUGACGUUGGUUUGGGAGCACCAUCUAAUCCGUGCUGACAGUUGAACACAAAGCUGCUAUUCAUUACGGGAGAAGAGGGAGGGGAGGAAUUUUAUUCACCAAGAUACUUUGUGUGUGUGGGCAAACUGCUUCACACAUCCACCACUUCAAUCAGGGACAGCACACAUAAGAACAUUGUUGUUUUUGUAGCAACAAGUCUAUUUUUACAUUAACACGAGCACCGUGUUCCUGUCGAGCACCAGCCCACCAGCACUAGAAUAAAAUUGAUAUACUGUACAUCACCUA